GGUGAGAAUGUAUGUGGGAUUUGGAGCUUUGUAAACAGAGGCAAAGAGAACAAAGCCAAGAAGCUAUUCCAAAUCCAUGGGAAACAUGGCUUCAUAUUUGAACCUUUGGGGAGCCUGGCUGUAAGAUUGGAAUGGGAGGGGAGGGAGAGGGUCCGGGGAAUGGGCAAAGCAAAGAUUUACCUUAUGAUUCAGGGAUGAGCAAGUACAAACAUUUGGAUAGAUCAGGGAAGCUGUCCUGUUCUCAUUGAAUCAGAGAAGGUGAAGCUAUAAAAAUCAUGAAAUUUUAAAGAGAAAUAAAGAGAAUAUUUUUUAGUGGCUGAGGGGGGUUUCAUAACAAGAGGGUAAACAUUAUAAGGUGAUUGGCAAUUCAGUCAGACAGGAAAUGUUGCACUUCCUCUUUGUCAUUUUAAACCAAUAUCAUCUUUCUAGUGAAAGACUGCAGCAUUUAGUGCUCCGGCCAUCAUUUGGGUGGAUAUUGAGAGAAUAUAUAAUUGCCUGUCUGAAAGGAAAUUAAGUAUUGCUUUUUAUGGAAAGAUGGAUCACAGGAUGAACACAACUGAAAAUCUGUUCAGCACGUUCAGUGACUACAAUUAUGACUACGGAGAACAGUUUGCUCCAUGUGAUACGCAAUCUGCAAAAACAUUUGGUGCAACCUUCCUGCCAGUCCUGUACUCCCUCGUGUUUCUCUUUGGUCUACUAGGGAACACACUUGUGUUGUGGGCUGUUUUAAAACAUAGACGUCUUAAGAAAUUAACAGAUAUUUACCUUUUAAAUUUGUCGUUAUGUGACUUGCUGUUUGUGACUACACUUCCUUUCUGGGCAUAUUAUGCUGCAAAGCAAUGGAUUUUUGGAGAAGCCUUUUGCAAGAUUGUUUCUGCUGCUUAUGAGCUUGGCUACAAUGGUGGCACAAUGUUCAUAAUCUUGAUAACUGUAGACCGCUACCUUGCAAUUGUUCACGCUGUAUUUUCGGUCAGGACUAGGACUGUUCGAAAUGGGAUCAUUUCGAGUGUAGUGAUGUGGUGUGUAGCUUUGGUUGCCUCAUCUCCCACAAUGAUAUUUAACAAAAUUGAAAGAGUUGGGGAAAGAUAUGUUUGCCAUACUUUCUUUCCACAGGGCAAUGUUUCAAAUUGGAAUCUCUUCAACCUUUCCAAAGCCAUUGUUUUGGGGUUUUGUGUUCCAUUGGCUAUCAUGGUUUUCUGUUACACAAGAAUAAUUCAAACCCUGCAAAAAAACAGAAGCUAUAAGAAACACAGGGCUAUCAAAUUAAUAUUUACUGUUGUCAUUGUGUUUUUUGUAUUUUGGACACCGUACAAUGUUGUGAUGUUGCUGGAGUCAUUGAGAGAACAGAAUGUUUUAACUGGCUGUGAGUUCCGAAUACAUCUACUGAUUGCCCAGCAAGUAACUGGAUCCAUCGCAUUUGUACACUGCUGUUUAAACCCCAUCAUUUAUGCAUUUCUGGGUGAAAAAUUUCGAUUCUAUCUCCAAAGUCUUGUAAAAAGCUGUUUGCCCCCAUCACUUAGAUAUAAAGCAGCUCUUCCUUUCAGUGAUUUUACCUCUUCAAUUCGUUCGCAAUCCUCUGCUGAUCAUGACUCAUCCACUUUCAUCUAGCUCAGUAUUCAAAUGUUUGAGUAAAAUGUGGAAAUGCCUGUAAAUAGAUAUGUAUAUAUACUCCGUUCUCUUGUUUGUUCAAAAUGUUUGCUGCUUUCCAACUUUGUCAAAGCAUAAAAUCAACUGAAACCUAAGUCUGGAACUGACGCAUUUAUUUCAACCAUGAUUUACUUAAAGAGUUGCCUGACAGUUCAGUGCAAUAGCUGUUGACAAUAUUGAAACUGAGAUGUACAUUUGCCGAAAAGGAGGGUACAUAGUUCUUGGAGUCAAAUGCAGAACUUGAAUAGUCGAAUAGAUGGAGCUGAGAGCUCACUAAAAAUAGCAACAUGGGCUAAUAAGGCCAUUAAAAAAAAGCUUAAUUUCUUGAUGAAUAGAAGAAAAAAAACAAGACGCAUUGCAUUUGUAUAGAACAGCUAUUCUCAAUGGGCACUAAAUGGCCCCCUUAGGGGCCCUGGCACAUUUGAAGGGGGUUACAGACUGAAAAUGUGGGAAGGGGAACCCCUGGGGUUUAUGGAGGCUCUGGUAACUGAACCGAUGAAAUAUCCAAGCAACAACCUUCUUUGGAGUCAAUAGCUUCCCUCCUGGGUAGUUUCCUUGACAAAAUACAGGAACAGAAUUGAUAUUGCAACAAGAGGUGACCUCCAAUUGUCAUUGUCCGAUUUGGAGCCUGAUAUCAUGAAACUUGCAGAAAAGCACCAAGCUCAAGGAUGGCAUUGGGCCUGAUAAAUGUUUAAUUUCAUACAGUCUUUUUAAAGUUUUGUCCAGUAUGUCAGAAUGUUCAAGUUUUCCUGGUGUUCAAUAAUAAAUGAUUUUCUGUCUAUCUGUUUGUGUUGUAUCCCUAUUUGAAAGUGGGGCCCUGGAACCUGAGAAGAGCUCCUGACAUCUACAGCAAGGGUAUGGAAUUGUGGU